UCCCACUGGGCCAUCACCCAUGGGUCACCACCUAGAACCGCUGUGCCGCCGCGGCACCGCACACGUGUAUAAUCAGCAGCAUCCAAACCCAGGGUUAGACGGCACCGCUGCGGGCGAACUGCUCAGUGCUCAGGAAUGACUGAGGCUGAUGUAAAUCCGAAGGCCUACCCUCUUGCAGAUGCCCACCUCACCAAGAAACUAUUGGACCUCGUUCAGCAGUCAUGUAACUACAAGCAGCUUCGAAAAGGAGCCAAUGAGGCCACCAAAACCCUCAACAGAGGCAUCUCUGAGUUCAUUGUGAUGGCUGCAGACGCCGAGCCCCUGGAGAUCAUCCUGCACCUCCCACUGCUGUGUGAGGACAAGAAUGUGCCCUACGUGUUUGUGCGCUCCAAGCAGGCCCUGGGGCGAGCCUGUGGGGUCUCCAGACCUGUCAUCGCCUGUUCUGUCACCAUCAAAGAAGGCUCACAACUGAAGCAGCAGAUCCAAUCCAUCCAACAGUCCAUUGAAAGGCUCUUAGUCUAAACAGGUGGCCUCUGCCACACUCCCUGCUGCUGACUCCUACCCCAGGGGUUAUGUAUCGUUUGUCUGUUAGCAUAUAGUAUUUCCAGCUACCUUCUACUGUUAUAAAAUAUUUUAGUGCUCAAUUUGGUUUUUGUAUUUUUGUAUUGUUUUUGUCUUGUUUUUAGGUUGUCAUCUCCUCCCCAGCCUCUCCUGUAAUCUCCACUUCCACUCUCUCUCUGCCAUCUUAUCCUCCCUUUUGGAAAAUGCAUGCCCAGAACAGGUGGAAGCAGGGUGGUUGAUACCAUUCAAAGGCAGGGAAGAGCCAAGGUAGAGAUUUGGUUCCAGCCUUCAGAUGCCACCUUCCUACUGUGCAGGGCAUGAUGGAAGUAAACACUGUCCACUUUGUAUCCCUUGUGCCCAGCAUACAGGAUCGUGUUUGAAUAAUCAAGGGGUUUCCUUUGCUCUCUAGGACAUUAUGUAUCAUUUGGGGAGGAAGCAUGUUUCUGUGAGGUUGUUGGGUGUAUGUCCCAAGAGUCAGUUUCUGAUGUACCCCUGCUGUUUGCUCUUGGUAAUAUAUUUCCCCCCAACUCCCACCUGUGCCUCUGAGGGUGGCAGGGCAGCAACAUACCAAAGAGAUAUGCUGCAAAAUUCCAGAGGCGCCUUGGUGAGUGAGACAUGGGACAGUUGACCUAGGUCUUGAAGGUGUGGCAAGAGGUUCUGGAAUGGAGGAUUCUGGGCCAGUCAUGGAGAACUGGAAGCUACAGCAAAGAUGAUGGAAUUCAAGGGAACAUCCUUGCUUUGGUGAAUGGAGAUUUCUUCAGUAGACACUUGGUACCAGCUCUGAGAGCCCUUACCCCUUGCCUAUUUCCUGCCAUGAUGUGGGUCAGAUGUGUGUAUUCUCUGUCACAUCAGAAGGACAGUGCUAAUGUGUCAUUCUUGUGAGCACCCUAAUAAAGGAACACGUAUAUUCGUACUCCAGUUUAAAGAAGGUGUGAUUCUUGUUAGGAGUCCAGCUGAUACUUGAAUGAAGCGUUAGAAUGGUUACUAGUUUCUUGAACUUUUCACCAAGAAGGUGUGGAAAAGCCAUGACCUCCACCAGAUGAUUUCUGGUAGUUCAAAAUGUCUUGUUCAGUCAUUGAGGUGUUGCUGUCACUCUAGAGCAGUAUUUCUCAACCUCAGCUGCCCUGUAUGUUGUAGAAUGUUUAACAGCCUCCCUGGCCUUUACCCACUAGAUGUCACUAGCAAUCUCCCCGGACAUUGCCAACUGUUCCCUGGUGGCAGAGUCACCCCUGGUUGAGAAUCACUGUUGCAGGACUAGGGCUCCUAGCAGUCCUCCACAGGUGCUAGAGAGCGGGGGAGCCGGUAUUGCUGACUGAAGCUGCUGCCACCUCGCCUGCCGCAUUACUCUCUAUCUUAAAGUACCGUGAGAGCCUGACACCUCCUCUACCUUGAGAAAUUUUCUUCCAAAGCACAAACAACUGGAUACCAUAAUGGUCAUAUUGAUGAGAAUGGAUUACAUUUAGUUUACUCUUGGCCAGCUUGGGCCAGUGUGACCACUCCAGCAGUGGGUUCCUAGGGAACCUAAAAUCACCCUGUCAUGCUAAGGCCUGUUCUGUACCUACUGAGCUCAUCAUCUCCCCCAGCUCACUCCAGUGUUUAUAUACCCCGCCCCAACUCCCACCCCAAGCAGUUUUCUAUCUAUCUGUGGAUGGUGGAGUCUGAGGUAGUACAUACGUUCUUUUGUUGUAUAUGUAUCUUUACAAUCAUACUCUAAAAGACUGAAGUAAUUUGGGGGUAGAGGGAGAUCAAGUAAUCCAACCUCAGGAAUUCCCUGGUGGUCCAGUGGUUAGGACUCUGAGCUUUCACUGCCAACGGCCCAGGUUCGAUCCUUGGUCAGGGAACUAGGAUCCCACAAGCCAUGGGGCAUGGCCAGAAGAAAAUAAAAAAGAUAAUCCAACCUCCAUUUAAAUGGAAACUAGGGCAUACCCACCAGAACCCUGAGAAAUGGGGUGGGGCAGGGCUUCUGGAAUCUUCAUCUCUAGGGUCCAUCUGGAGUGCUAACUCAGUUCCCACAGCUUCAUCGUAAUCCUUCAAAGGACAGGGCAUCGAUUUGUGAUCACCCGAAAAAACUCCAUGACUCUUCCCUGUUCCUAAUGGCUCUGCUGUGUGUCUUGUGUCUGCCUCUCUGCCAUGUUCUGUCUUUGCUCAGUGUUUCAUAUUUGGUUUCUUGAACACGUCAAAUCUGUUUCUCAGA